AUGUCGGCGCCAAACGAGCCAUUGGCUAUGCCUAAGCGAUACAUUACCACCCACAACGGUGAGGGACUUGCCAUCUUCUCAUCCCAUGUCCAGGAGGAAGCUCCCGAGAGCAGUCUCUCAGACGGAAUGAGGAUCUCGUUCUGCUACGCAACUACAGAGUUUCCGGCCACUUUAUCCGAAGAUCAAGACAUCAAAGCAUACGAAACAUUAAUCCAAAAGCCUCCCAGCAUCGUGGUCUCCAAUGGCUCUGUGGCCAGGAUAGUGGACUUUCCGCCCGGUCAUGUUGGUACUAUGCAUCGGACUGUCAGCGUUAAUUACAACUUUGUCAUCCAAGGGCAGCUAGAGUUGGAAUUGGAUUCCGGUGAAACACGAUUGCUGGGGCCCGGUGAUAUGGUUGUCCAGAGAGCAAUUAAUCAUGCAUGGAGGAACCCGAGCAAGACAUCUUGGGCAAGAAUCGCUGCCAUGGCGUUACCGGCUAAGGGUAUCACGGUCGGUGGUCGGGCUAUGGAAGAAACUAGAUUGCCAUCUAUGUCGGGGUCCGAAAGAGUCACUGAGUCCGAAGCUAUUAGCUCCAGCCCCAGGUCGUAA